GCCGAGCCCCCUCUCUCUCUCUCUCUCUCUCACUCUCACACACCUUUAGGCUUAGUUCCAAACAAAAUCUCCCUCCACCUUCCUCCACCCAUCGCCGCCACUGUAAAUCCGCUCUGAACUCCAAAAGCUCCAAAGCACUAAACACCAAUAUUUUUUUUCCGCAUAAAGAAACAAAAGCUCCGCAUAUUUUGAUUAUUUUCAUCAUCUCUCUCUCUCUCACCUCCUCAAUUUCAUAGCUGACCUGUCACUCCCCUUGCCAACUCACGCACAUACAUACAUACAUACAGAAUUGACUGUGUGUUGUAUAUAUAAUCGGUUCUGAUUUCUGUUGAUGGAUGGAUUUGUUGAUUGAUGCGCUGUGAGGAGGAGUUGAAGUUGUGGUGGUGUGAUGGCGGCGGACGACGUCGUUCCGAGCACUUUCAGAGCGUUGGUGGAGACUGCGGAGAAGAAGUUUGCUAGGGUGAGGGACUUGCCGGCUUACGGCGGUGGCGCGCCCAGCGCCCACUAUUUUCACAAGGUGUUCAAGGCCUACAUGCGGCUGUGGAAGUACCAGCAGGAGAACCGGUCCAAGCUCCUCGACUCGGGGCUGCAGCGCUGGGAGAUCGGCGAGAUCGCGUCCCGGAUCGGUCAGCUCUACUUCAGCCAGUAUAUGCGCACUAGCGAGGCUCGCUUCCUCCUCGAGUCCUACAUCUUCUACGAGGCCAUUCUCAACCGCAAGUACUUUGACGGCUCCGGCAACAAUCGCACCGCCAGGUUCAAGGAGUUGCGCUUUUACGCCAGGUUUUUGAUGGUAUCCUUGAUUUUGAACCGUUAUGAGAUGGUCAAACUCCUCGUUGACCGCUUCAAGGCACUCGUCGACGAUAGCAAAGCCGCUUUUCCGGGUACAAACUUCAAAGAGUGGAAACUGGUGGUGAACGAAAUUGUCCGAUUCACAAAGGUGGAUUUUACCUCAUUGGUUGUUAGGCCUUUGCGGUAUUGUGCUAUGUUUGAUUCAUAUCCAUUGUCUCGACCUUAUGUGGCCCGCUUCCAUGCUAAGAAGGUCCUGAAGUUUCAAGAUGCAGUGCUAACUAGCUAUCAUAAAAAUGAGGUCAAGUUUGCAGAACUAACUUUAGAUACUUUUAGAAUGCUCCAAUGCUUGGAAUGGGAACCCAGUGGUUCUUUCUAUCAGAAGACAGCCAUUGAACCACAAGAGAAUGGGGCACUGGCUGACCAUUCCUUGACAUCUGGACUGAUUGAUAUAAAUUUGGCUGCCGACAUGAUGGAUCCAGAUCUUCCUUCAAAUCCUAAAAAAGCCACGCUUUAUCGCCCUUCAGUUGCACAAUUGAUAGCAGUCAUUGCCACAAUAUGUGAGGAGCUUCCUCCAGAAAGUGUGAUCUUAUUAUACGUCUCUGCAUCAGGGAGUUCUGGUCAGAGUAGUCCAACACAGAUGGAGAACUCUAUACGUUCAAGAAAAUCUUCGAAGCCCACUGCUCAUUCUCAUACUUCUCAUGAACAGAAUAGGUCUCUGCAUGAAAACCAUAUCAGUUGCAAUGGAGAUUCAAAUCCCUAUUUUGAGAACUAUUUGUGGUUUGGUCCUAGCAGAAAUGGAGUCCCAAACAACCUAUAUCCAGGGGAUCUAAUUCCUUUUACGCGAAGGCCUCUUUUCAUAAUCAUUGAUAGUGACAACAGCCAUGCAUUCAAGGUUCUGCAAGGAGCUGAACGAGGGGAAAGAUGUGCUUUACUUCUAUCUCCUUUGAGGCCAUCAUUUAAGAACCCAAGCACUGAUGUAAUCCAUGAUGGAAAUCAGUUCACCUUGUUCUUGGCUGCUCCUUUACAGGCUUUCUGCCAUUUGGUUGGCCUCAAAUUAUCUGAAAAAGAUCUUGAUGUUUAUGAUUCUGCUGAUGAAAUAAUCUCUACUGCAUUUUCUGAAUGGGAGGUAAUGCUCUGCACAACUCCGAGCCUAGACUUGGUUUGGGCUCAAGUAUUGUCUGAUCCACUUCUGCGUCGGCUUAUUCUAAGAUUUAUUUUCUGUCGCGCCGUGCUUACUCUAUUUUGCCUUCGCGAAGAAAAUGACCACUAUUUGCCUGUUUGCCUCCCUGAGCUUCCCGAUUCAUUUUCUCCGUACUCUGAAUCCAUACAGCCAACUAUCAGGCGACUCGCUAAUCAUCUCAAGGUUGCAGAUUGUUUUCAUCUUCGUUAAUUCAGUUGUUACAGAGGGAAUUUACGAUAGAUUGUACCAUAAUGGGUAUAGCGAUGGCAUAAUUGACGGAGUUCGAAGUGAAAAUACUAGUUUUUUUGCUGGUGUUGGAUUAGCUGAAAAACGUACAGGGUCUUCAGUUGAGUUGAUGUGCAGAAGUUGGGGACCUUUUUUUUUUUUUUUAAAUUAUUAUUUUAGUCUUGCCUGAUAGCUUUUAUACCGGAAUCAUUUGUUUAUUUUACUUUGAUUGUGAUAUCUAUUUAUUUUAAUUUAAUGGUGAUAUAUUCUGCCAGUUCUGUAAUGGGUGAUCUUUUUUUGGGCGGAUUGUAGACAUGUAUUAGUUUCACUUUUCUUUACAAGUGAGAAAAUUGUUCAUACCUCUGUAAUAUAGGAGGAGGGCAUCUGAAGUAUUUGUAUUUUUUUUUUGUUGAUCUUGUAACAAUAAUGUAUCCUUAAGUAGCAGGUACCAUGUUUCAGUUAAUGAAUAUUUAUUGAGACUU